AUGCCUCGACGACGACUACCGAAAACAUCUUCAACCAAGAGAAGCCUAGAUGAACAACAAUCCAGCAGUAGUUGCGUGGAAGACGGAAAGGCUAAUAAUAACAAUACCGCACAAGAACCUCAAACAAAGAAAAAGAAAAUUUCUAACUUUAACGACAAUUCUUUAUUUCCUGAUGAUGUACUUGGUAUGAUCUUUGAUUUCUUGUCCGAUGCAGAUCGAAAGGUAGUUGAAAAAGUAUCAAUUGCUUUUCAUAGAGCAUGUGUAAGAGCUGAAAAACGAGAUGUGAUAGACUAUUGGAAUGAUGAAAACAAUUUCAUGUUGCAUCCUCUCAAAGAAAAGCCUGUACCAUUGUCUGUGAUUGAACAAACUGAAUCUAGAUUGCAGAUCAGAAUACCUUUUCACUUACGAGAAUUUUUGCAAAUCACAAACGGACGGAGGCCAUUUUCUUCUGAUUUUCUACAUAUCAGCAACAUGUUACUUCCAAUAGAACAAUGGCGAAAACAGGGAGGAAGAGUUGUUAUUGGAAGUACAAAAUAUGAAGAGAAAACAAUUCUAAUGAAUGCACGAGGUCUUCUCCUUCUUGAGACUUACGAUAGCGAUGAUAGUGACGACGAUUUUAUUUCAGGUUUAGGAACCUUUAAACAAUUCUUGAAAAUGGAGAACAUUCGUUUUGAUUUUUGUCAUUAUGAUACCAAGAAACUUGUACACAAGAAGCACUUCCAUCAUUUCUUCUCACCUUACACUUCCUCCAUAUUCAAUAUUGAAAACAAGGAGCUCAUUUAUCAAAUGGUUAGACAAGGAGGAAACUGCAAUAAUUUACCAGCAUCGCUCAAAGCGGACAGAUCAUUUAUGCUAAAACUGGUAAAGACAGACGGGAAUGCUAUUAAAGCUGCUUCUGAUGAAUUGAGAGAUGACAAGCAAAUUGCGAUGGCUGCAAUAUCAAAUUCUGCCUCUAGCUACAGAUAUUUAUCAUAUAGGCUAAAGUGCGACGAAGAAAUUUGCAGUAUAGCGUUUUCUGGUGAAAGCAACAUGCUCCGACAAGCUCCUUUUGCUGUGAAAAAUAAUCGAGACUUGAUGCUGAAGGCCGUUAAAUCCAACGCAAAAUGUAUUUUCUAUAUGGCAGGAAUGUUAAAGUUAGACAAGGAAUUGCUUGAAAUUGCUUUGGAACAAAAGUGUAUUGCGGAUAUUCCAUACAGCCUUAAAAGAGAUAAGGAUUUCAUGCUAAAAGCUCUUAGUUACAAAGUACCCUUAAAAUUGGCUGCAUUUGACUUGAAAAAUGAUGAGGAUAUAGUUCUUGCUGCUGUGACGAUUGAUCCAAAAAAUUUAGAACAUGCAUCUGCUAGGCUUCAAAAUAACAGAGAAAUUGUAAAGAUAGCUGUACAAAGUGAUGUAACUACUCUUAAAUACGCCUCUAUUGACCUUAAAAACGACAAGGAAAUAUUGAUGAUUGCUUUGGACAAAUUAUUAUAUCACAGAAGUGGUAAUACUAUUACUCUCGAAUUUUGUCCAUUCUCCAUUAGAAAUGACAGAGAUAUUGCAUUGAAAGCUGUACAACUCGCUUUUAGCAAUAUGAAGUUUGUUUCACCAGAAUUGCGGAAAGACAAAUCUUUUGUUAUGGAAGUUUUGAAGCUUCCAAAUCCUCCUGUGGAGUAUAUUGAUGAUUCAUCAUUCGAAGACGAAGAAAUUAUUGCUCUUGCAAUGCAAAAAUAUGGUCAUUUAGUAUCACUUUCAAAGUCUACGCUUCGGAACCACCGCAAAGUGGCGCUGGCUACUGUUAAAAAGGAUGGUGCAAUGUUAAAAGAGCUUUCUCUCGAGCUUCGAAACGAUAGAGAGAUUGUGAAAUCUGCCAUACAGCAAAAUAAUCAAAGUAUUUUUUAUUCGACCUAUGAGUUGAGAAAUGAUCCAGAGAUGAUCCUAUUCAAAGAAAAAGAAGGAGGAUAUGCUUCAAAAGUUGAGUGUUUCUGUGAUAAACAACAUAUACUCAAUACUUUUGACCCUCAUGCAGGAUUGUUGCAAUGUACAGAAUAUUCUCUAGCAGACAAUGAACAAGUGGCCACUCAAUGUAUGAUUAACGAGGAAGAUCACACUUUUCCAUAUCUUUCAGACCGAUUACGAGAUGAUCACAAGCUUGCUCUUUCCCAAGUGACAACAUGCGGAGGUUUACUGGAAUAUGUCUCACCAAGAUUAAAACGUGACCGAAGUAUUGUCCAAGCUGCCACUGAACAAUAUGCUCUAGCACUACAGUAUGCAGAUCCUGAAUUUUGGCAUGACAAGGAUUUAGUUUUAAAAGCAGUGAAACAAGAUGGAUUAAUGCUUCAAUAUGCUCCUUAUGAAUUAAGAAAUGACAAAGCUGUCGUUAUGACAGCCGUCUCAGAUGAUCCUGCUUCUUUGCAAUUUGCCUCUGAUGAGAUGAGGAAUGACCGAGAGAUUGUGCUUAAAGCCAUCUCACAAUCAGCCAGUGCCAUUCAAUUUGUGUCUGAGGAGCUAUUACAUAAUGAGGAAAUUGUUUCAGAGGCGUUGAUGAAAUCUGAAGCUGUUGCUAAUCUAAUACCGGAAUCUGUAUUAAGCCAGGACAGAAUUGCAGAGUUACGCGAAAAAGCCAGAACCAAUAAUACUAUUGUAAUCGAUGACGAUGAUGAUGACGAUGAUGAUGAUGACACUGAUGACUAUGACGACUACGAUGAAAAUGAAGGUGACAUGUUCAUUUUCGAUGAUGAUGACGACGAUGACGAUGAUGAUGUCGACGACAUCGCCUCAUUUCAUAGUUUCAUGGUACGCAAUAUCUUUAACUUUUAA